AACCCUGCAGCCAGGAUGGACAACGCCCAGUUCGCCCCGAGAGUCCCAGAACGUCGUCAACCUACCCACCCAGCCACUGACACCAUGGCUCCCCUCAUGAUGGAGGCCCUGCAGUACGACCGCAAGGCGUUGGCGCUGAAGCACACCAAGGUGGAGGUGCCCACGGGCGCGGGCAGGGACGAGGUCAUCCUCAAGAUCGCCUACGCUGGAGUGUGCGGCACGGACGUGCACAUCAUCGAGGGCCGAGUGCCGUGCAAGGCCACGCCGUUCGUCAUGGGCCACGAGAUGAGCGCCGUCGUGGCGGAGGUGGGCAGCAACGUGUUCCACUUGUCCGUAGGCGACCACGUGGCCGUGGACCCCAACCGCACCUGCCACACCUGCCACGUGUGCACCUCGGGCAUGUACAACGCGUGCCAGAUCUCGCCCACCGUGAACACGAUCGGCAUCAUGCGCGACGGAGCCAUGGCCCAGUUCUGCAGGGUGCCCGCCGACCAGGUGUACAAGCUACCCAAGGACAUCUCCCUCCGCCAGGGCGUCCUGUGCGAGCCCAUGUCCUGCGUCGCGCACUGCUGGGACCGGCUCGGCCCCAUCCCCAUGGGCUCCACCAUCCUCGUCACCGGCGCCGGCAUCAUCGGCAACCUGUGCGUCGCGUCCGCCUACUACAUGGGCUUCCGUGACAUCAUUCUGUCGGAGCCCAGCGAGGGCCGUCGCGCCAUCAGCAACAAGCUCUGCCUCGGCGACAGCGUCAAGGUGGUCAGCCCCGACGAGCUGAAGGCCAUGAAGGCCCGCGACCCCAACUUCGGCGUGGACGUGGCGAUCGACUGCAGCGGCGCCGUGCCCGCCCUCGAGGCCGGCUUCGAGCUGCUCAACCCCGGCGGCAAGCUGGUCGUGUUCGGCAUCGCCGCCCCCAACGUCAAGAUGAGCAUCUCGCCGUACGAGGUGUACAAGAAGGAGCUGACCGUCCUGGGCAACACAAUGAACCCCUACACGUUCAACAAGUCCAUCGGCUUCGUCUCCGGCAUGAAGGACAUGCUGGCCUACGAGAAGCUGGGCGUCGGCACUUUCAAGCUGAGCCAGUACCAGGAGGCCGUCGAUCAGCUCAAGAAGGGCACCAUCAGCAAGGCCGUCUUCGAGAUCGGGGUUUAAGCACCGCUAGUCAAAUCACCUUCAUUACCCUCACCACCCUCCUCCACCUCCAACUCUCAUUGAAUUGUACAAAAAAAUAAAAAAAUAUUCAUAAUCUCUGUGCUCAGAAAA